AUACGCGCAUGCGCGAGUGUCCGCGACUCGUCUUUCACGUCCAGUCUCUGCCGCGCCGUACUCUACCUGUCGCCUAACCUGGAUUUUUCUCUAUCAGCUAAGUUAUGUAGUCUAAGCAGGUGUUUGCGUCACUCGCUCAAUAAUUCUCAUAUGGUGUCAUUUCUGGAAUCUGCUUCAAUCUCUCAUCCCUUCAAGUGAUUCAUUUUGGAUUUCCACCCCUAUAUACACAUUUCUCGAUUAGUCAACACUCGCGUGAACUUUAUGAAUUGUAUAUGCCAAUAUAAACCAUCUGUUAAAAUUGACGAAUUUAAUAAAAAAAUAAUAAUACAAUGUAUUUUAUUUGUUUAAAUUCUUUAUAAAAUUCAAAGUAAAAUUUAAAAUCUGUUGAAUUCAAACUGUAAAAUUACAAAAUCGUUCUAAUAGGGCUUAGAAUUUUGUGAACGUAAUAUAUCCUUCAAAAUUUUAGUUUUUGACUUUGUACUGACAAGUGAAAGGAAAAGUACAAGUAAAUCAUGUUUCUUUUCUAAGUUAAAAACGUUUGGCAAAGCAUUAACUUAAAAAAUGAAGUAGACAGAAAUAUUUAAUCAAAUCAAGCUAAUAAUUUUAAAACGCGCCCUGUUAUGUAACUAGUUUUGAUUUAUUUGUUAUAUUGUGUUUAGUUUAACACCUGUACGCAGUUUAAAUAAAAAUAAAUAAAACAAACAUAUAGUACUGUAAUAUAUUGAUUCGUUAUUUGAAAAAGUUUCCUGGUUCUUCAUAAUUUUUUAUGAAUGAAACGUAAAAAUAGUGUAUGAAAUAAAACUAAUAUCGUGAUACAUUAAUUAUACUUACUAGAAUUGAUUUAAUAUUGGGCGAUUGCAGAAACGUCACCAGUUUUAUAAAUUAACUUUGAGUUGCAACCGUUCAACAGAAAUCUAAUAAUCGUUGUUAAAAUUGCAGAAACCAUAGUUCGAGAACAGUCGACCGCGGGUGUGUUAUGAAAGUGUAGUGACAAUGUCGAUGUCGCAAGACAAAGUAGAUAAUGUGGGGGUGGAACCACCCCCACUGCCCGCGGUGCCGCCCCCGGAGGAGGAGCGGCGCAAGUCUCUUAGCUUCACCACCUCCUGGUCCUCCCAACCGCCGGCCCGGAAGUACAGCUUGAACGACGCUCCAGGAGAUUACAAAGCGUCUCCUGAGCCACCUGAUCCCUUGGUGGAUUCCGACCAGAAGGAAAUUCAAGCCCGACCCCAAGAAGUGCUCUCCUCGGGACGGCAGGACAAUGAAGCGGAGUCGAAGCAGGAAAUCGUGUUCGUGCAUAAGGAUCCGAAACCAGUGCAGAAGAACGUGGAAAAAACGAAAAAGGUCAACGAGACCCCGGCGAGUACUUCUUCCAUGCCCCCGACCCCCAACACGGCGAUGAAGAUGUCAUGCAUGGAAGAAGAAGCCAUCCGCGACCGUCUCCGUACACUACUGCUGAGACAGACUGCCGAGAUAUUAGAGGCAGAGGGCGUCGGCACUAAAUUCACCAAGGAUACUUUCCGCCGCACUUUUCUCAAUAAGGAAGUCCUCUCUAGACUGUUCCAACUCUUUGACCAGGACCGGGAUAAUCAGCUCGUGCAAGAGGAAUGGAUCGAAUUCUUAAAGGAGAGACUUACGGACGAGAAGCAGAUAGACCUGGCAGAGCAGCUCGAAAGUGUGGCCUAUGUGUUGUGUGGCGAGGAGCACAUCUCUCUGGACAAGUUCUGUCAGAUUUUCCAGGCCAAGGGGAUUGUGGACAAGUUGUUUCGACUUGUGGAUGCCGACUCAGAUGGAAUCGUUACACCUCCACAGAUCAUGGAAUUCCUCGCCACUCUCACAAACUCCAGGCCCCGGACCGGAUUCGACAAAGGGAAUCUGGAAUGGCUGGAGCAACUGUUUCGUCAAACUGUUGGAAAUGAAAAAGAAAUUCAAAAGCAAGAUUUCAAAAAGAUUCUAAUCACGAAGAAUCCAUUCUUCACGGAAAGGGUGUUUCAAAUAUUUGACAAGGACAAUUCUGGAUCAAUUUCUCUGCAAGAAUUCCUCGAGGCGAUGCACCAGUUCGCGGGAAAGUCCCCUGAUGAUAAAAUUAGAUUUCUGUUCAAAGUCUACGAUCUCGAUGGUGAUGGGCUGAUACAGCACAGAGAGUUGCAGCACGUGAUGAAGGCGUGUAUGGAGGAGAACGACCUGCAGUUCAGCGAGGAGCAGAUCGACGACCUUACAAUGGCGCUGUUCGAGGAUGCUGACGCCGAAAACCGAGGGGCCAUCACCUACGAGGCGCUCAAGAACCAACUAGAGAAACACGGUGGUCUGCUGGAGAACUUGUCUAUUAGCAUAGACCGGUGGUUAGUUCCUCCCAAGCCUAAACCUCCACCCGCCUCAGUCUUCGGGAAGGUGAGCGCUCUGAAGCCGUAUCAGCUCUCUCUGCCCUACCUGAAGAAUAACUACGUGUAUCUUAGCUUCCUCUCUAUCUUCCUACUAGUUAACUUAGGCCUGUUUGUGUCAAGGUCCUUCCAAUACAGACACUCGAGUAUAUUCGUCAUACUGGCUAGGGCCUGUGGUCAGUGCCUGAAUUUCAACUGCAUGUUUGUGCUGGUACUGAUGCUGAGGCACAGCAUAACAUUCCUGAGGACGAGAGGGUUCAGCAGCUUCCUACCGCUGGAUCAGCAUAUAUACUUCCACAAGCUGACAGGCGUUCUCAUCUUCGUCUACAGUAUCACGCAUACCGUCAUGCAUUUGCUCAAUUUUAGCCUAGACGUAGUGAGUGACCCUGUCAUCAACGCCGGAAACUACACCCUGACAGAGUGGCUGUUCACGAUGAGGCCUGGACUGUUUGGUCUGGUGGACGGUAUCGCCAACCCGACUGGAGUGGCGCUCAUCUUUAUUCUCAUCAUCAUGUUCAUCUGCUCCCAGACUUUUGUUCGGCGUGGGGGCUGUUUUGAGAUAUUCUACUGGACACAUCUCCUCUACAUCCCGUUCUGGAUCUUGCUAAACUUGCACGGACCCAACUUUUGGAAAUGGUACAUCGUGCCUGGGAUCAUAUACCUAAUAGAGAGAGUCUUGCGGUUCACGUGGAUGCGAUCGGAAAGAGGCAAGACCUAUAUAAGUUCCGGGCUGUUACUUCCGUCCAGGGUCACCCAUCUCGUCAUCAAGCGACCUCCACAGUUUGACUACCACCCCGGGGACUACGUGUUUGUCAACGUUCCCAUGAUCGCAAAAUAUGAGUGGCACCCCUUCACCAUCAGCUCGGCUCCUGAGCAAGAAGGAUACAUGUGGCUCCACAUACGAGGAGUAGGGGAGUGGACGAAUCGGUUACACAACUAUUUUGAGAAGGAACAAGAGAAGCUGCACAACCUAGAGCAGCAACUCCCGGGGAAAGUCCAGUCCUCCACCCCUACUACUAACGGGGCUGCGGUCCCAGGGUCCACUCCUGCCUUCAAGCGGAUACAGGCCUCAAUCACAAGGAAAUUCUCAGGCCGAGACAUAAUGGGUAACGCUCGUGGCAAGAUGGUGGUGUUCAAACGAGAACAUUCAGGGUUCACCAACGAGGGCUUUAGCAGCGAAGACCUUCACGGUUCUAUCGACAGCACCAUGUCAGCCCCUGACCCUAGCUCCACCAACGAUCUAGCUGUACUGACGGGACUUCCAAAGAAAGGUGCUCAAAACCAAAAUCUCCACAAAAUGCUUCUUCUCAACAAAAGCCCUCUGUCGAAGUCACUCUCCAUGCCAGACAUGGAUAAUAGAGUUAAGAAGAGACAAAGACUUUUAGCGUUAAGAGACUUCAUGAGGUCGGAGUCGGAGAAAAGUUUUGACGAAUGUCAGAUGCGGCGAGCCAGGCUGCAGUCUCUGGGCUUGGCUUACCUAAGUCCGCAGAACAAGUCUCUGGCGCAGAGUUUCCGCUACAUGCGCAACAAGCCAACCAUCAUCGCAUUCAAGACUCCCAGCUUGGAGAGUUGCGAGGCUAAGAUGUCCGCCCUCAGUAUACUGGGCAGGCAGGGCAACGAGUUGCUGAAAAGUCCAGAGCGAGUAGCGGAAGAAGGUAGAGCCUCCCCCAGUGAGGCUGGCAGCUCGACCGCCUCUUCUCGUCCUCAGAUCAACUACCCUGUGGGGAAACCCUUAGAGAUCUACCUGGAUGGACCAUACGGGGCUCCCUCCAGUCACAUCUUCCGAGCACAGCACGCCGUCCUGAUAGCCACCGGGAUUGGAGUGACACCCUUCGCCUCUAUCCUGCAGUCCAUCAUGCACCGCUACUGGAAGGCGAGGCAUUCCUGUCCUAACUGUAAGCACACCUGGGUCAGCGAGAUUCCUCCGACCAUCAUGCAUCUGAGGAAGGUAGACUUCUUCUGGAUCAACAGAGAUCAAAGAUCUUUUGAGUGGUUCGUGAACCUGCUGUCCCAGCUUGAGAUAGAGCAAGCUGAGCUCGGUGGUGCCAUGGAACGCUUCCUGGAGAUGCACAUGUACAUAACGUCUGCACUACAGAAAACUGAUAUGAAAGCCGUAGGUCUGCAGCUAGCAUUGGACCUACUACACGACAAGGGAAAACGAGAUCUAAUCACCGGUCUGAAAACAAGAACAAAUGCUGGUCGUCCUAACUGGGACAAGGUGUUCAAACAGCUGUUAGAUCAGAAGAAAGGAAAAGUCACCGUAUUCUAUUGUGGCCCACCACAGUUAGCAAGGAUUCUAAGACUUAAAUGUGAUCAAUUUGGAUUUAGCUUCCGCAAAGAAGUCUUUUAACACUGGUUUUUCAGGUAAUCACAUUUGGAAUUUAAUGGUCAGCUCACUUUGAAACAUCCAGAUGUCAAGAUGUCUCAACAAAGACAACUUUUGAUGAAACUCAUCCACAAAGACAAUGAUCAAUCUACCAGUCUUUAAGAUUGUUUUCUGUGCUCAUAUGUUACCAUUUAUCAAUGUAAAUAGAGUUUAAAUAUUUUGAUAGUGUUGUGAUUGUAUUUUGAAUACUGUAACAUUUUGUAUAUUUUUUAUAAUGUGUACAAUCUAUUAGUUUACCAUGUUUUUAAUGGUUGAGAUUUCGUCAAACAAAAAUUGAUACAAACCUUCUUUAUUCAUCCUUCAUUAUUUAUUUACCUACAAAGUUACCAGCCAUAUCAUAUGAAAUGCAUGUUACCAAGUUAUAGAAUAGUUGGCGUGCUUGUACAGAAGUAAAACCUAGGAGUCAUGUGAUUGUGAAUUAUUGUUGCCAAAAUUAAAUAUUAAUUUGAAUUUAA